AUGGCUGUACCCGAGUUCCACGUCGUUGGCGAUGCACUCGUUGACGUGAUCGCCAGUGGCCUGGCGCGAAUACCAUCUUGGGAUGGCGACGCAGAUGCCGCCAGCAUCGACGUGAAAGUAGGCGGGAGCGCGCUCAACACGGCCGUGCACCUGGCCUCUCUCUUGCAGGGGCGCUGCCCUGUGUCAUUUUAUGCUUGCGUCGGCAACGACGCCUUUGGGAAGAUGUUGGAGUCCCAUUUACGGGCAGCUUCAGUCGAAAGCCACGUGGCUGUGUCCUCGAGCUUGUGCACUGGCUCUUGCUUGGUGCUUUCAGGGGAUCCCGGUCGUGCCUUCAUCACAGCCGCCGGCGCUGCUGCAGCGCUUGGAAUAGCCGAGCUAAAGCCUCUCGCGGAGGCUGUGCAACGAGCACAUGGACCUGUCCACGUUCAUUUCGGUGGUGUCUAUUCGUAUGUCCCAGCUUUGCGACAGCAUCUCGUGGAGUUCGUCGAGAGCCUCCGCCGUUUGUCGGCCGACCGGCUGACAACCUCCAUCGAUGUGCAGGGCCAUGAGGCAGAGCAAGUUGCGGGCGUCUGCGAUUUGCUUCAGCAGAUCGACCUCUUCAAAGGCAACGAGAAGGAGGCGGAAGCCAUUUGCAGAGUCUCUGCUCCUGAGUCACUGGCCAGGCUGAGUGAAGGCGGCCGCGCGGCCGUCAUCACCCGCGGCGCUGGGGGAGAGCCGUGUGGGUGGACAGUGCCGGGACGCAAGGGAAGACUCAAGCACAUCGCGUCGAAGUGA